GAGACCGAGGAGGCUGAGAGCGAGAGCGCAACGUGAAAGUGAAGUAGCCGAGGCGUUUGUGGAAACAGGAAGCAAAGAGGAAAAGCAAAGGAUUGAGACCGCCUGCAGUCGGACAGUAAAGGGAACACUGUUUAGUGACCGAUGUGUAUCAUGGACCACCAUGGAAAAUCCCGUCUAUUACGAGAGAAACAAGAACACGUUUUGAGGUGCUUCGAAAAGAGUCAUUUGGUCUCGAAUUAACCAGUCAGCAAUCUAAUGUUGUGUCUUCAAAUUGUCACAGUGCGAACGAAGGGGAGUGACUGAAGGGGUCCUCGAUAGGGUGUAAAUUCUACAAUUUAGCUAGGUGGCUAUCGAGGGGCUCUUGGAAUGAACUAGCUACGGAAUUAACAACAGCAAUCAGGUAUUCUAGAGCUGAUAGCUGACCAGGUAGCUAGCUAGCUAACCCUGUUGCUAAAGAGAACAAUUCGAUAAGCAAACAACAUUAGCUAGACCGCUAGCUAGCUAACCAGCUACCAUAGCUAGCUAGCGGAAUAGCUAACAUGGUGGAGAUGUAUCUGUUAUUAUCAGAGUACUGUUACAUAAUUCCAGAACCUCGAUCGCAUCACGCUGUUUCUCUUUUCACUCAAAUCGACUUUUGACAUCUUCAUUGACCAUAACCAGAAUGGAUGCAGCAACAGAGAGGGAGUAAGCGACAUCGAAAAACAUGGAUUCGAAUCCUCUUAUAAGUGCAGCCAUGGACCCGUCCAUCACGCUAUGGCAGUUCCUGCUGCACCUCCUGGAGGACCAAAGCCACAGACACCUCAUUUCCUGGACGUCGAGCGACGGCGAGUUCAAGCUGCUGGACGCCGAGGAGGUGGCGCGCCUCUGGGGCCUCCGCAAGAACAAGACCAACAUGAACUACGACAAGCUCAGCAGGGCGCUGCGCUACUACUACGACAAGAACAUCAUCAAGAAAGUGAGCGGCCAGAAGUUUGUGUACAAGUUUGUCACCUACCCUGACCCGACGGCCGCGGAGGGGAUGCGGCCGGGGGAGGAGUCACAGCGACAAGAGAGCCAAUCAGCAGACGUCGCCCUGGGCAAGCCCGGCGUGGGGGGCGGGGCUCCGGCCAGCCUGUCGAAGAGCCUGCAGGUGCAGCGCUCCUCCCCCAGCUGUGUCCAGCGCAGCUCCAGAAACGACUACAUGAAGUCAGGACUCUACUCCACCUUCACCAUCCAGUCCCUGCAGACGCCCGGAAAGGCCCAGAAGCCCAUCAAAACUGAGCUCUUACUGCCCCUGGAGGGCCUCCCCAAAGUGAGCAGCGUGGAGAAAGCUCUACCUGAGACACGCAUGAGCUCGCUGCAGGGGCGUGGCUGUGUGGAGAACAGCCUGCAGGUGAUCGUCACCCAGCCCUCGCCGUGCGCCACGCCCGCCCUCAGCCCCCAGACCCCGUCAGGCUCGGCCACCGGAAGCUCUGUGCAGAAGGUCCAGAGUGCGGGAGACCCCCCUCAGAUCUACCUGACCAGCGUCUCGGACCCCAGCUCUCUCACCCCCCUCAUCCCGCUGGCCCCCGUGCCCCCCCACGGGGCUUCGGGGGAGUGCGUGGGGCCCCCGCCCCAGAGCCACCAGGUGUUUGUGGUCAUCAAGCCUCCAGCAGCCAAAGAGGACCUGCCCUCCGAGGACGAGCUGCUGGAGCUGGUGGGCCUGGAGGACAAGCGCCUGGAGGAGGUACCGGAGGCCACCAUUGUGCCAGACAGGGCUGAAGCUCUGCCCUCAGUGGAAUCUCCUCCCCCCUGUGUUGAACCAGCCACCCAGCCCGUGGGGGAGGGGGAGGGGGGCGGGAAAGGCAAAGCAGAGCUUCCAGAAAACUCUGUGACCCCAGCAGUCGCCCUGCCCAGCUCCUCCCCACAGGAAGUUCAGCCCCCGAAAGCCAAGAAGCCCAAAGUCCUGGAGCUGCCGUCCUCACCCACACUGCUGCCCCCAGGGCUGUCGCUGGACAAGGCCAACGCUGUGGUCAACAGCCUGCUGGCCCCCGGGAGUGCCACCAACACCCUGACGCCCACCGUCAUCACCUCCCACGCACUGACCCCCGUCCUGCUGACGCCCAGCCCCCUACCAUCCACCAUCCACUUCUGGAGCACACUCAGUCCCAUCGCCCCCCGCAGCCCAGCCAAGCUGUCUUUCCAGUUCCCCUCCAAUGGAAGCAAUCAUAUCCAUAUCCCAGCUCUGAGUGUGGAUGGGCUGUCCACUCCGGUUGUGCUGUCUCCAGGACCACAGAAGCCCUAAGCCAUGGCCUUCGACAGUCUCCCUGCCCUGUGCGAGGGAGCGCAGGAGGGUCAGACUCCCUACCCUACGGGGGGGUAUGGGGGGGGCACUUCCCAGCUCAGCCUAGGGCUGGACUGAGCGCAGGCGAAGGUGCCACUUGUUGCCGGUGGAGUCCGGAGUGGAGUGCCCAGUGCCACUGUUUUACAGGCCUGCGUGCACUCUGGCGCCACCUGCUGGCCCACCUCCUGUGCCUGAGAGGGUCAAAGGGCAAAUCAGUGGCUUUCUUGGCACUGCGUCUCAAAGGCGGUCUACCUGCCCUCGUCUGUGUGUGCCGUUUCCCGUUAUUUAUUUUUUUAACCUCAACAGUAGAUAUGUAAAUGCAUCCUUCUCUCUCUCUCUCUCUCUCUCUGUUAUUAAAACUGAAGAAUUGAUCAUCCUCCAGGCUAUAAUCGGCCUAGAAAAUGGUGUCUUCACCAGCUUGUGUUUGUUGUUUUCCGGAGGAGUACUAACAUGGAAUGUUUUAUUCUGACAGUUCUCACCCAUUCCAUGGCUUCUGCUCUUUCUCCGGUCGCAUUGAGUCGGGCCGGUCCGUUUGGAGGACCUCUGCCGGCCGUGCUUGUGUGAGAGUGGGACUACAUUUCGGGGGGGGGGGCGAUUCGGAAGACCAUGGCCAUGCCAUUGUGCAUAUUAUGCCAUGUGCCCUUUCUUUUUCCAGAAGUCAUGUCGUCCAAACGCCACAGGUCUCCUCCUCCACGGGACUAUCAGAGCCUGUCUCUGUCCCGCCGUGACGUCUGUUCCCGGGUAGUUGCAACGUUUUCGCAAUCACGGCGUUUCAUUUUUUUAAUCUAGAAGGAGUCACGUUUUCCUGGAAACGGCCUAGGAGGGAGCGUCCAACGCCAGGUGGAUGUUUUUCAAAGCUGUAAUGAAAGAAUUGUGAUAGAGUUUAUUUUUAAAGGAAAACUAUGGGAUUGCAUUCCAGAUUUAUUUUUCCAUUACGUGUGUCCGGGUUUCAUUCCACGGUCAUUCCAGUCUUUCUUUAAGACAUUCCCUGUUUGUCUAACUGUAUGUGAAAGAAAACACUUAGUAGACAAUGUGCUGAUUUCUUGGAUGGAAUUGGGUCUUUGGAGUGUAACGUGCAUGUGAAACUUUUCUAGUUUUAUGUUUUUAUGAAUUCUUAGAGGAGACCAAAGCCAGCUGUUUUGAUGAAAUCUUAAAACAAUGUUUAUUUUUAAAGCUACACUGUUUGCUGUCAUUCACAAAAAAGGGCUAUAAUACUCUUUAUUCUUGUAUUCUACCAAAUGCUGAAAUUUGAAAAUCCAGAGUUUACUUGAGUAGUACGUUAGAGAAAAGGAUCUCUGGGUUCUGGGUCAUAGUUUUACUGGAUGUAAGAAUAGAAUGAUGUAUAUUGUUGAAGAUUAAUGAAACUAUUUUAAAGAGAGGGUAUUGUGUAAAAAAGAAAAUGCCCAAACACAAAAAAAAAAAAAAAAACUGACUGUACUGACUGAAUUUAAUAAUUUGAAUGUUUUUUUUAAUGUUAAUUGUAUAUUCAUGGUAUCUCGACUGGAUAUGCAGAUAUUUGUUAGGUGGGGUUUGUUCAGUUGAGAUCAUGGUGUUCCAUGCUAAGAGACAGGUUCUGUCUGCACCUGCGUACAUGUCUCUGACGGGGGCCACGCAGAAGCCAAGGUAAAUGGCAGAGCAUAUUUUUCAUAUACUCACACGUAGUUGAAUGGUUUGGCUUGGUUGCAGUCUUAUACUAUUAGUAUUGUAAAUAAUACUAAUUAUCAUGACUGCUUCUGUGCGUUUAAAAAGACAGAGCCUGUUUAUUGUAAUUGGUUGGUAUUAGUAAAGAAAUGCCUGUUGCUUUUUAAAACAAAUAUUUGUAUAUCCAUGGAAGUACUGAAGCGUUGAAAAUUAUGCAGACUUUUCAAGUGUGUGAGUUGCAUUGUUUUUCUAGCUUACAUUCCUGGUUUGGGUCUUACUAGAUGCAAAUGUCUGAUAGAGAUAACACCUGGAUAAACAUGUUCAGCAUUCAGGGCUUCAGAAACAUGCCUCUCCAUUUCAGAGGGAGUACUUUACACAUGUUCUGAACACGGAUAAGUGGUCCAGCAUCACGUGUUAUGGCCUUUCCAGUGUAAACUUGAGUAGAAUAGCAGUCUUUUGAAACACAUGGAUUUUGAUGGUUUCUUGGAGUUCUAAAGCAAUCCAGCUUUAGACAUUAAGGCAGCACUUCUAAAAUUGUCCUUUAAGGUUCAUGGUGAUAAUGUUUCAAAGUCUGUUUUUCGCACUUCGAGCUUGCAAUCUGCAUAAUAAGGACAGUGAUAAUUAAUUGUUGCUGUGGUUACUUGGUUAUGUGAUUAUGUCUUGUAAUUAUGGAGAAUAUCUGAGUAAUUGUAAUUCUGUGGGUGGGGAUUCAAUUCAAGUGCAACGUUUUUACCUUAACUCUUUACUUUAGAUUUUUAAACAAAAUUCCCUUUUGUCAUACAGCUGAAUGAAAUGUGUAAGUAACUGAAACAGUAAGAGUUUUAAUUUGCAAGCUGAGGCUAUGCCCCUGUGCUUUGAUUGAAUCGCCAUCUUGGACAGCGGUUGUGCUGCAUGUAUUUAGCUCAAGGUGAAAUCCAAAAGUAGUGAUUGACUGUUUGUAUCUCCCUGUCUGUGAACCUGUGCAGCCUCUGCUUACAGACGCAGGUGACCAGCACAUCCAAAGACAUGUUUUAAACGGUAUUAUCUGCAGCUGAAAUGAUGUCAUUGCCCAUGAACAGCACUUACUGAAUUGCAGAGUCUCAGCACUUCUGCAGGGGAUAGGUCACGUGACCAUCCAGCCCCCCCCCCCCCAUCCCUCUCUCACCUUAUCUGGAGUAUAACCAAGGCCAUACUGCGAGGUACCAGUGAUUCCGUUUAUUGCACUUUACUCAUUAAUCAGCCAAACCUUUAAAGAAGAGGACUGUCCUGGAGGGAUUCCGGUCCAGGAUUUGACCAUCCCAGUUGGAAUCCCAGGGAUCAUCAAAUCUGGCCCUUUAAUCCAAAUCCAGCCCUGGUUUCCUUUACUCCUAGGUAAUUAACUGAACAACUAGUGCUACUGAACUAGUGCUAGGCUUCACACCUGACUCCCAGGUAAAGGGAGGGUGGAAAGCCAGCCAUGAUUUGAUGAUGCCUGUUGUAAACCAUUAAUACGACAGCCACAUAAAUGCCAUCUAAGUACACUUUAACCACAUUUUCCUUUAUGCAUUUGAAGCCUGUACACUCAACAUUGUACAUUUUGUGCUUAUCGUAAAGUACAGAUGCAAGAGGGGCUAGAUGCCCCCUCCCUUAUAUUUACACUGAGAAUACCCUUUCAUCUUUCUAAAGUGGAAGCAUUGGUUACUGACCGAAUUAUAAUUUCAUUAUUGCACCAGCAACUGUAAAAGAAAGAAGACUAAAAGAAAAUCAAUUUCUAAACGGAUAUUUCUAAAGAGAUUCAUGGAAUGUUCAUUGCUAUUGUUUUACGUGACAGCAUAAAUGAUACUGGUGAGCUAAAAGAUACAUUUCUUUGUCUCUUAUGUCCUGAUUCUGUUAAACUAAAGUACCUCUGUGCUUUUUUGGAAUCUUUCGAUUAUUACGUGGAACCUAAGGGCAAAUACGUAUUGUAACUGCAAAUGCAUUUCUUAUCAGACUUUGCUGUUCUUAAACUGACUAAGUCAGUUAAGUUGAAGUUAAUUAUUGUGCUUAAGCACAAAAAACAGCACAAGGUAGCACAAAAAUAGCCUCUCAAAUGAUGAAGUUAUGGAUAUUUAUUAUACAGUAUACAGGAAUGUUGGUUGCCAUCGUAUCUCACAGAGUAUGUACAGCAGCAGCUCAUUCUGAAUGUGGGACACCAGAAUACGGACCGUCUGAAAGACUGCAUACAUGUAAACAGUCAGUGUCAUAAAUAAAUUGGUUUGCAAUGAAAACCUAAACACAGAAUCCCUAGCUAUUAUCACUGUUAAGUACCAAGGCCCCAUUUGCAGAUUUUACAUUUAAAGUAAAAGCAACAGACCAAGUGGAUUAUAUUUGCAGAAUUUUGCAGAAGCCCAUAUGAUUUUGGGAAUGGUGGCUUUAGCUGAGGUGGGAUCCAAAUAAAAACUUAAAAUACUUAAAGGUGAACCACUACCAACAGGUAGAGGAAAGCAUUAGGGUCAUAUACUAUAGCCAAGUUGAUGUCUGGACUCAAAGCCAUAACAUGACAUGUAUAUAACUAAAAUAUUUUAAUAAAAAACCUUUAUUGACAUGGCUGCACUUAAAACUGCUCCAAUCAUUUGGGCAUUGUGAACUACCAUGAUGUAACCUUCAUGUGAAGUACCAUUGCACACUCCUUCAGGUUAAUUUCCUCCUUUCUAACAAUGUGCCAGAGAACCUCAGGCUGUACGUUUGUAAUGAACAUAUUUAUUAGUAUUAUCAUGAUGCUUUUCACACACAAUGUGCCCUUGUCCCUGACUGGCUGAAAUGUACCACAUGGUGUAUGUAACCCAAUCAGAGGAGACAUCAUUUAUGGUGAAGAGGUAAAAGUAACAUGCCAUAUUUGAUCCACUGGAAGUAUUCUUACAUUUUUAUGUAGGUUUGAUGUACGUAGUACUCUGCGGUUCUUACAUUCUUGUUAUAUGUACGUUUUUCCACGUUAUUGGAGAGUCGCAAGUAAAUAAAACAUCUCUUUUGAUCUCAUUAUUGGAGGUAUAUACACUUUUACUGAAUCCCAAGACCAUUGAAAUUCACAAGGCCAUUGGAGGAUGUUGAUAAAUUCUGCAUUUUCAAGGCAGCUGUAAAGCUCAACCCCUUGCCCGGGGACUGUGACCUGUGAUGAUUAGUGCUUCUGGGAUGCAUGUCCUUCACAAUAUGUAAAGGAAUGUGUUCGCUGGCAGCAGUCACCCUGAACGUGUUUAUUGGAGGGUGGCAGAGCUCCAAAUGAGCUUUUUCACAUGGGAGACCCUUGUUCAUAUGCAGGUACAACAGCAGAAAACAACGGAUCAUUUGACAAGGGUUUUUUAAGGUAUUGUCCUUACUUUGGAAGGUUGCUUUGGCUUUACAGAACAUACAAUAUCAAGCCUGCUCACUGUGACCUUCAGAUUUAAUAUUAGCCAUUCAAAAAUCAAAUCUAAAUUCCCGAAUGUGAUCCUAACAAAUAUGUAUACGUCUGCUCAUGAAGGUGCUUUAUUUUUGUGAUAAAGGCUUUGCUUUGAGCCACGAUGCAUUGCUACAGCUGUUGUGCUUUCUGUGACAGGAGUAUGUGACUUUCUGUGUUCCUGCAUUUGUAAUGUUUCCUUUUUUCUGCACCUGAUCUUUGAUGUAUGUACUGUAAAUGGAUUUGACAUGAUCAUUUAUAUCCCUUCUGGAGUAGGAAUGAGUAAAGCUCUAUUUUAAGCCUUUAAUUAGGCAGCCUUUUGCCAUGCUGUCUCAGCUCUCCAUGCCUCGGAGGUCAGAUCAUUAACACAGGACGCUUGGCCGUUGAAUCCUGGGCGUUGGACCAUGGCUUUGAACUAUGUGCUAUAUCAUUUAUUCCAUGGGGGAUUGAAUAUUUCCAGGGGAACAAGUUUAGGUUUGUAGUUCUAUUGGCGAAGUCACCCUGGGUUAAAAAUAUUAACCCUGCAAACAAGCAUUUCCUACUGCAAUGCAGUGUAUUCGCUACCCUUUCCCUUAUUAGCUAUGAAUAGAUGAUGCUUCUUAAAAUAGUGAGCAUUACAGUAUGCUUUUAUUUCCGUUAUUUACAUGUUGUCUAUUUUCUUUAGUAGGUCUGAGCAGUGUUGUAACUGGGAUGGAUGUCAUGCUCAUCCUGUAUGAACAGUUGACUGUUGCUUCUUAAGGUUCUUGCAGGUACGCCAGGCCCCUUGUCUCCCAAUUGGAAUCAGUGCAAUUUGGUUAGAUCUCGGCACUAGCAGCUGGUUUUUGUGAAUGCAAUCAAAUGUCAGGUUAUACUGAACCCCUUUCAAGACUGUUAAAGUUUUUCUAUCACCACGGUAACCCGCCAUUCAAAAGAUGAAACCAAAGCCUUAAUGAUUGGAUAAUAAUAUUUUGUUGAUGUUGAUUGUCUGUGGAAAAAAAAAUUACAUUUGUUUAUAUCUGUUAAAAAGAUGUAAUUGUCCACUCUGUCAACUAAGAGUAUUUUAAAUCACUUAAAACCGCAAGUCAGAAUAGUUGAGGACAAAAAUAUUGUCCACAUGAUAUGUUGGCAUUUUUAACAAUAUAGUUUAAAGAAUAAAAAUGAAAAAUGUGAUGGUAUAUGUAUUUUUAAUAUAUGCAAAAUGAAAACAACUGACAAGUCAAAUCAUUUUAUGUAAAAUGAAAUGCAUCAAAAUAUAUCAGUUGGCACACCAUUGCCCAUGAACAGCUGCUCAAAAAAGUGCCCUAAAACACAGUUAUGGCUUGGUGUACAGAUGUGUACCCCUUGGUUUCCCAAUCAAGCAGUAACAAAUACCACAACAAUGGCAAAUAAGUAGUCUUAUCAAGAACACCAUCAUAUAGAUCACCAGCUAAGAAAAUACGACAAAUACGAUGUGGGUUUAAAAGCAUCUUGAGGUUUACUUCCUGCACAGAGCUUGUGUUGAUACUGACUUUAAUCGUGUUAUUUCAGCAUGUAAGUCUUGUAUAUUCUGGUGCGGUAUUUCUCUGUUUACUAUUGAGACCAUUAGCAGUAGAAUAACCAAUAACCUUAUCAUUAUAAACCCUGGCCAAUUCUAAAUGUAGACUGGUCUCAUUCACCAAACACUGGAUGUGCAUUCUAACAUUACAUUAUAUUUACUGGAGAUGCACAAUGUCAUAAUGCAUCAUCCAUUUGGGGAAUAUAUAUAUACACACACAUGUGCUUGAAAUUUCAAUUAUUUUUUUAUAAGACAAAAGGCUUUGGUCAGAUGCCUCAUAUCAAAAGAACUGAAUUAUGGGCUGCAGUAUCUACUCUCUUUUAAAAGUACAUACAUAUUCUUCACACCUUGAAUCUAAGGAGACUGAUUUCUUUUAGUAUGCUUUAUAUUAUGUAAUAAAAAUCUAUAUUAUAUGGCUUUGUAUAUUAAGAAUGUAUUUUCCUGUGUGUUGGAGAAACUUGAUGUAAAUGUCUGUGCAAAUAUGUCUUAGAAUUCUGGCUUCAAUGAGUAAAAUGACAAUAUUGUUAAGAAAUAUUUUCUGUUGCUGUUGCAUAACUUUGCAGAUGUGCAUAGGGACCCCUCCCUUUCCCAAUAGUGCCACCACUACUGGGGAUUUAUUUAGAGAAGGGAGGGGUCGCUUUUAUUUUUAAAGAUUUCCCAAUAUAUUGUACCUACUGAAAAGAGAUAAACUAUUUUUAAUCUGCACUGUCUACUUUGUUUAUAUAUGUUAAAAACAUGAAUAUUGUUUUCUAAAAAAAACUGGAACUGACAUAAAAAAAAUAAUAAAAUCCUAUUUUGUUCUUUA